AUGGCUAACUCACUGUUCAACUGCCUGCCAGGCCAUCCACUGCAUCUCUUCAGCACCCUGAGCACUAAUUAUGGUCUCGCAUACACUUGCGAGGACUUCUACACCUGCCUUGUCAGCGCGGGCUCCCUCCAAAAUCUUAUCACACCAGGCCACCGGCUCGACUGCAUCAUCAUCGAACGCCGGGGUCCACCCUACAGCCCCAGCGACCCAUUCCUCCCCACGCUACUAGCGGCCCUCGCUGAACACAAGGAUAUUAAGACUCUCAAAGUCGUAGGCGUCAGAUGGUCUGACUUUCCAUACCCCGACUUGUGGUAUGCCUCCGUCACAGAGUUCCACAAUAUCACUUAUCUCAACUUGACGGAAACCUCUCUCCGCGCGGAUGAGUUCUGCUGCCUCGUCCGUUCGUUCCCACUACUGCAAAUGCUCGAUGUCCAGUGUUGUUCCAUCUUUCCCGGCUUAGGCAUGACUAACCAGCUGGGUCCCGCGAUCCUAUAUCUAGUCCUCAAUGUUAAGGAAGAUUCUGACAUUCUUGAUAUCUUCACCCAUCGCUACAACGUGUGCUCUCCAGUGUCGUUCGACAGGCUCUACAAGCUCGAAAUAUCGGGAAAGGGCGGCAGGGACAUUGGCCAACAAAUCUCCAGAUUGGUUGAUGCCUCGUGGCCUCGUGAAUUGAUUAUAGAUUGCAUGGACUUUGAUCUCGCACACGCACCGCGUAUCGUCGGGCUAUCUAAAACAGAAAAGCUCACCAUCACUAUUCCUCUUAAUGCCGAAAAUGGAUUCCGACGCACCAACGACUGCCUCCGGUGGUGGACAUCUACCCUCGAGCGGGUACCCCAACGUAAUAAAUUCGCGGAGAUCCGCAUCAAAAUCGUUGUCGAUCAGCCAUCGGUCACUCAUUAUCUCUCGGGAGGAAUACCGAUGCCAUGGACUCACUUCGACGAGGCUCUUUCUGAUAAAAAAUUCAAGUUGAAGGGCAGUUUUGGUAUCACCUUUUUGAGACAACAGGACACGAGCAGCACGUUUGAAAUCCAGCCUUAUGACUAUUGGAUGCGGCUCUACGCUCUGGCAAAAUCUUUUAAACACCAUUUGGGUAGUGGUCAUCAAAGACACAUGUGA